AUGACUGCCGACAAGUCCAAAGACUCGGAACCUCGGCCAUCCGACAUUGCACCUGGUGCAAAGGAUACCGCAAACAUCUCAGUCCAUAAUGGCAAGAUGGACGACGACGAGACUCGUGACCAGGCAGCCAAGUUCAUUGCUGCCCACGCCGACUACCCUCCGAUGACUCCUGAGAUGGAAAAGAAAAUCAAGCGAAAGAUUGAUGCAUGGCUCAUCCCAUUGGGUCUCUUCACAACCACCCUGGCUGCUGUUGACAAGGUUCAGCUGUCCACUGCGGCCCUGUAUGACUUCCUCGAGAAUAACAAACUCACCGGCUCCGAGUUCAGCUGGCUAGGAAGUAUCCUGUCUGUGGGCCAACUCCUAGGUCUCUUCCUUACACCAUACGUUCUUCAGCGUGUUCCACCCGGAAGGCUUCUUUGCUUUGGUGGUUUGAUCUGGUCGGGUCUGACACUAAUAUACGCUGCUUGCCACACCUGGGGUGCUUUCAUGGCGCUUCGGUUCCUCCUGGGUCUAGCUGAAGCAGUCAUCUUUCCAUCUUUGACUCUCAUUGUCCAGUCUUUCUACACCAAGGCCGAACAGCCUUCUCGCAACGCAAUCAUGUUUGCCUACUUCUCCUCCAUCUUCAAUGGCUUCUUCGCCUAUCUCGUCGGCCGAAUUCCCACAAGCGCCCCUCUCGCUCGAUGGCAAUAUCUCUAUCUUCUGACUGGAACCAUCAACGUGCUCUGGUCUAUUUUCCUCUACUUUACACUUCCCGACAACCCGAUGAACGCGAAAUUCCUCACCGAAGAAGAAAAAUACUACGCCACCACUCGUCUAGCCGAUAAUCGUACCGGAAUUGCAACGCAGGAUACAAAGUGGAAGUGGGAUCAGGCGCUCGAGGCUAUUCUAGAUAUCAAGGUCUGGCUUGUCUUCUUCUUCAAUAUCGCCAUCAACAUUCCCAACGGUGGCCUGGUGACGUUCGGCUCCAUCAUCAUCAAGAACCUCGGAUUCACAUCCCUGGAGGCCAGUCUCCUGACCAUGCCAUUUGGACUGUUCUGUACGUUCGGCGCUUGGGUCUUCAGCACAUUCGCGGGCAAGUGGACGAACCGCCGCACAAUCGUGGCUUCAAUCGCUUGUCUGUGUCCUCUGCUUGGAACAGCCAUGGUCUACGGAAUCCCCAGGAGCGUUAUCCCUGCGCAAAUGGUCGGGUUGUAUCUCAUGUACCUUUACUGGCCCCCCUAUGUUGUCUUCAUCUCCCUCCCACAGGCCAACACUGGAGGAAGAACCAAGAAGGCCGUCGUCUUCGCCAUAGUCAACAUCGGAUACGCGGCCGGAAACUUGAUCGGUCCCCAGACAUUCCGGGCAAAUCAGGCCCCGCAAUACACCGGAGGCGUGAUUGCUAUGCUCAGCUGCUUCUGUGCUGCCAUUUUGAUUGCUUUAACCUACCUGGCUGUCUGCAUGUUUGAGAACCGCCGCCGUGACCGCCUUUACGGCAAGCCAGAGCACGUGCAGGAGGGUAGCGGUGAGGGAUUCGGUGAUAUCACGGAUGGGAAGCAGAAGGAGUCGUUCAGGUAUACGCACUAA